CAUGGAUAUCCGGCAUUUUCACCGUGAGUUUUUCUUUGCACCUUUGUUAAAGAGACACAAACACAACAAUCCCGUACAUCGCCUUGGGGGCCGAUGCGCAGCCGGUGUACAGCAAUGUCUUGAUCCCAGUGAUCUCGGCAUCUUUUUUUCUCAAUUACUCGGGCAGACUGAUCUGCGCAUGACAUGCGCGUCAAUCCGACGGUCCAACAAUGUCCGCAAACACAAACAUUCCUUCAUCCUAUUCGAAUGCGACUGGGGACAUUGUUGAAUCAGAAGAGGAAGACGAAGAAUACGGCGAGCAAGAAUUGACAGAAUCAAUUGUACCACCGCCUUUGCGCGCAGAAGAUCCGCGCCAUCCAUCAUGGGAAGAUGCAGUGCAUCCGCCUACAAGGCACGAAUUACACGACGGCAAUGGCCAAAACAUGGAGCUUUCAGAGAUGACUGUCCCACCACCUGCCCGACCUCGAGAACGACGUGACUCCCUCGAAAGAGCCUUGCAGAGGACGAGCUCAUCAAAAAGUCGACGAAGAAAAAGUCGUGGGAGUGCUGUGGGCGCAACCAUCGCAGACGGGCGACCAUUUGCCGAAGAGAUGACGGGCGAGUUACCCACGCGAAGGAAAAGUCUAGAAGAGCAGGAGAAAGGUUCGCAGACACAAGCAUACAGGCCGUCGCCGUUCGCCACUGAACUAGUCACGUUGUCGUACUUGGUAUUCUUCUCGCUAUUAGGCACCUUAGCAAGACUAGGUGUUGAGGCUAUAACGUUAUAUCCAAAUACACCGGUAUCAUCUCGAGUCCUCUGGGCAAAUCUUGGGGGCUCAUUUAUUAUGGGCUUUCUGGCUGAGGAUCGACGUCUUUUCCGACAUGAAUGGGGCUCGCCAGAUCUCAAUGCCCCGGCGGCGACACAUGGGAAGGUCAAGAAGACAAUACCACUGUACAUUGGCCUAGCUACUGGAUUCUGUGGAAGCUUUACCUCUUUCUCCUCCUUUAUCCGCGAUUGCUUCCUGGCCUUGACCAAUGACCUGGCGGGCUCCUCCCCUACAUCAGCAUACCAGUCAGAGGCCAACAUUCACUCCAGGAAUGGUGGCUUCUCGUUCCUCGCCCUGAUGGCAAUCCUGAUUCUUCACCCUGCCGUGUCUCUUGCGGGAUUGAACACAGGAGCACAGUUGGCGCUUGUUCUUCAGCCCGUGACGCCGACUAUUCCUGUCGGGCUUACACGAUAUUUCCUCGACCCUGUGGUCGUCGUUCUUGGAUAUGGUUGCUGGCUAGGCGCAGUACUGUUGUCGAUCUGGCCGCCAGGAAAUUCUGUGCACUGGCGAUACCGCGCAGUUUUCCCCCUGGUCUUCGCACCUCCAGGUUGUCUGCUUCGCUAUUAUGUAUCGAAGCAUUUGAACGCCGUCAUCCCGUCGUUUCCACUGGGGACGUUCGCCGUCAACCUCUUCGGCACGGGCAUUCUGGGCAUGGCUUUUGAUCUACAGCAUGCGAGCAGCGCCGGAGCGUCCAGUGCGACUGCCUGCGCGGUGUUACAGGGGAUCAUGGAGGGGUUUUGUGGCUGUUUAACCACGGUUAGUACGUGGGUAGCUGAGAUCAAUGGUCUACGACGAAGGCAUGGGUGGAUAUAUGGCUUGACCAGCGUCGGCGUUGGGUUGGGAUUGAUGGUUAUUAUCAUGGGCAGUAUGGGUUGGACGGUUGGCUUCAAACCACCUGUCUGUAGUUGAAGCCCUUACGAGUUUUUGUACUCGUCGCCCAGUCUCAAGCACAAAGGUAACUCGUGAUUUCUGGAAAUUUGUCAGAGCACCAAAGAGGCUAAUGAGUGGCCCUUGGGGAGAUAAGCUUCUUUUAGACAGGUUUCAACAAUUCCGCAAAAGGAGCUUGGCUGAAACUGGCGGUACAGAAAUGACAGCGGAUGUCAACGCACAUGCACCCGUAAUCAUGGUAUUUUUAGCUGCCUGACACAUGUUGAUACCGCGGCGAUACAUAAUUCGGCAACCGUAGCUGACGAUCAGGUCCGGCAUUAGCGCCCGCCACGCAAUCAUUGGCCUGUGCCCCUG